AUGCCUUCCUCGGCAGCCUCGACGCAGCCUACCACCUGGCGAUCCGACGAGCUCGUAACAGCAGAGAAUCCCGUGGGCCUCCAAACCUACGAAUGCUGGUUCUGCCCAUUGAAAUGUCUCGGCUUCUCAGCUCUUCUCUACCACCUAGAGCAAGGCUUCUGCGUGAAGCGCUACCGCAUCCGCACGCUCGCCUUCGAGGGUCCGCAACGCGGCCUCUACGGCACCAAGCCCAGACACACAAAUGCAUUCUUCUGCUUUAACUGUGGGAAUCACUUCCCAGAGGUCUCUUGGCUCUUCCAACAUGCCGAGAAAGUCCCGGCCUGCUCGCACCUGCUCAACGCGGAUGAAUGUCUGGGUAGGCUGCGUGCUUUCUACAUCAAUUACUACGAUUGUCCUGGCAUGGACUUUACUCAGUCUUAG